UUGCUAUCCCUCACUGGACCUAGUUAGCUGUUACUUAGCCAUUUUCCGCCGUUGUUUGAAAGAAACCUCUUCGGAUAUCUGCCCGCCUCCCUGCUCGCUCGCUCGUUCGUCUAACAAAGAAUAACCGGGCACACCCAUAGUGUCAGAAACGUGGCACCGGAGAACUCCCUAUGACUACUACCAACGGACUGCCGCCCUUUGGCGACGAAGGGAGGACGACCACCGAGAGUGCUAACACCAUCGAGAUCGAGGCCGUAAACGCGGGUUUGGAGAGACUACCCCCUGGCCAGCUGCGAGAAACUUGGACACACGGCCCGACGCGGAGAGAGCUUAGUCAUACCGUCGUUGGCCCAGACGGCUCACCGAUGUUCAGCCAGACUCUCGAGGGAAUUACACGACACGGUCGGGACGCGAGUCACGACGAGAAAGCAGAACGAGCCGACAGCGCCGCUCAAAGCGAUGACCUCGACAACGUGGCUAGAAUCGAGUCGACCAAGUCCAUCGUCGGUACGUUAUCCUUGCCGAGGGAGAUCUUAUUUGUGGCGGUGAUAUGCUUUGGACAACUCUUCACCCAGGCUGGCCUCGGCCAGGCCAUCAGCAUCAUCCACAUCAUUGGCGCUAGUUUCGGCAUCACGAAUCCCGGCGAGCUGAGUUGGUUCAUGGCGGGUUACAGCUUGACCGUAGGCACCUUCAUCCUAUUUUCCGGCAGGCUGGGCGACACCUUCGGCCACAAGACUUUGUUUCUAGUCGGUAUGGCAUGGUUUUCCGUUUGGAGCAUGGUCUGCGGACUCGCCAUCUACUCGAACCACGUCCUGUUCGUCGUCGCCCGCGCCUUUCAGGGAAUCGGCCCUGCCAUCGUUCUUCCGAACGGACUCGCGAUCCUCGGCGUGGCCUACCCUCCGGGGCGACGUAAGGAGAUGGUUUUUGCCGUCUUCGGCGCCAUGGCCCCUAGCGGGGCGAUAUUGGGUUCUCUGUUCGCCUCUCUUCUUGCCCUCACGUGGUGGCCCUGGGCCUUUUGGGUCUUUGCUCUCGUGCUGGCAGCAUCCCUGGUCGUGGGACACUUUGCGAUACCGGAUGCCUCGAACGGGUACCAUGUGAGGCCGCAAGGGCUAAAGGAUAUCGCGAGGGAACUCGACCUCGUCGGAACUAUCCUCGGCGUCUGCGGCCUCGUCCUUGUGAACUUUGCCUGGAACCAGGCCCCGAUCGUCGGCUGGCCCGAGCCUUAUGUCUAUGUCACGCUGAUUCUAGGGCUGCUUCUCUUGAUUGCGUUCCUGGCGUUCGAGCUGAAAUUCGCAGAGAGCCCCCUCAUCCCUUUCCACGCGCUCUCGUCCGACGUAUCGUUCGUUCUGGGCGCCGUGGCGUGCGGGUGGGCUUGUUUUGGCAUUUGGUUCUUCUACAUUUGGCAAUUCCUGCUCGUGCUCCAGGGGAGGUCCCCCUUAUUGGCCACGGCUAUGAUGAGCCCAGUCACCAUCUCGGGGUUCUGCGCCGCCAUCUUCACGGGCUACAUGCUGCACCGGCUUAGACCCCCGAUCGUCAUGACCCUGUCACUCCUCGCGUUCACGGCCGGUGUCACCGUCGUAGCAACUUGCCCAGUCGACCAGACCUACUGGGGCCAGAUCUUUGUCUCCACCGUCGUAAUGACCUGGGGCAUGGACAUGAGUUUCCCGGCCGCGACGCUGAUCCUCUCCGACGCCGUGCCGCGGCGGCACCAAGGCAUUGCCGCGAGUCUGGUCAACACGGUUGUCAACUACAGCAUCUCUCUAGGACUGGGAUUUGCCGGAACUAUAGAAACACACGUGAAUAACGGUGGCGAGAAUCCAGUGGACAUCUUGAAGGGGUACCGCGGCUCAUUCUACAUGGGCGUCGGGCUCUCCGGGUUAGGUGUGGUCGUAUGUCUGGCUUUUCUCGUUAAAACCACCACACAGAAACCCGCUGCUGUUAGAGAAGGGGGUUAAGAUUCCGCCGUCAAACCGGCUUAAUUUUGGAUUGUUCUAAGCCGACUGCCAACGCGCUGCUGAAAAUGGGAUCCGUCACGUAGCAAUUGAGCCAGCCCUUAUAUGCCUACAUGCCUCAAAGCGUAAAUGCAGGCGUCUACGUUUUACGCGACAGUUAUGAGCCCAGUUAAGCGCUCCAAGGUGCUUUGGCUUAGUGGUUCGGUUCCCUUCAAAGUUGUACGAAUUCGACAGCUACCCUAACCCCAGCGCGGCCUCCCCAGAGCUAGACCAGAACUAGCAGUAAGGCGUCGAGCACUUGACGCCUG